GAGCAGCAGUGCCUCCAAAGGCUCUUAAAGGGCCAGCAGAGCCAAGCGCCUGCUUCUCCCCGCUCUUCCUGCACCGAAAGGCCUUGACGUGGCUGGGGAAGAAUCCCGCCUGUCCCUUCCCCUUCCUUUCCUUCCACCCGCGGAAAGGGAUCCCCAGCCGGGUUUCCGCAUUUUGGAGAAGGACUGGAAACCCCAAUGCCAUGAACUCUUCCCCACGCCUCCCCUGGCUGUAAUCUUGCCACAUUCCUUUUCCGGGAGCAACUUGAGAAACUGCAAGUCACUUCUGGUGUGAGAUAAUUGACCAUCUGCAAGGACGCUGCCCCAGGGGCCACCCGGAUGUUUGAUGUUUUACCAUCCUUGUGAGAGGCUUCGCUCAUAUUCCCUAUCGGUCAGCGGUCCUGCUGGCACAAGGUUUUAACCCAUUGUGCCACCAGGGGCUCCAGUCCUUUGUUGGAAACGAAACUGAACCUAUGACAGAAAGGAAGAGAGAUGGCUGUCUUCAGUGCAUCAAGGAACUGUGUUUUAACCCGUCUGACUUCUUUGGCCAGUUGGCGCAAGUGCAUUCAUCCUUACGCAUUUUCUAGUGAAGCCUUGAAUGGACACCAAUAUCAAGUAACCAAAGGCCAGAGAUGGAAUAAAAACAAUAGCCCACGAUGCUACUUAAUGACUGAUAACUCCAGCAUUUAUAGAAAUGUCAUUAAUAAUAGCCAAGGGUGUUUUCUGAACACUAAGAAUGAAGGACUACACAGAGUAGCACACUUCUGUUCUGGAAGGCCCUGUCCUUUCCUUCAGCAACAGGCAAGAAAAAAAGAAGUAUUGUUGGGAAGAUUUCCCUCUCAGAAGUUGAAUCACAUUGCUGCAGUUCAGGAUGUCCAGAUCUUCAGGCCUUUUCAUGGGACAUCAGCACUGAGGGCAGCUCCCGUCCCGCUCCUGUGGGUCCUUUUGAAGCCAGUUCAGAAACUCUUCGCUAUCAUCCUUGGGAGGAGUAUAAGAAAAUGGUGGCGUGCUCUUCCACCAAACAAGAAAGAAUUAUUUAAGGAAAGUGCAAGAAGAAAUAAGUGGAAGAUUGCCUUUGGACUAUGUGGCUUUGGAAUUAUAUUUAUCAUGUUUUAUUUUACCCAUUUGGAGGAGACACCAAUCACUGGACGUGCUCGGCUUCUGGUGUUUGGGAAGGAACAUUUUGCUGAAUUGUCUCAGUUUGAAUAUGACAUGAAUGGUCAAAUUUUUGUUUUCACCGGUAUGUUAAAGGCUGUGUUGGAUAUCAAUCAGCUGUCUUUCAUUUUGGCCCAUGAAAUUGCUCAUGCUGUUCUGGGACAUGCUGCAGAGAAAGCAAGUCUGGAGCACUUCUUGGAUUUUCUGGUACUCAUUCUUCUCACAAUGAUAUGGGCUGUGUGUCCUCGAGACAGUUUGGCAAUUAUAGGCCAGUGGAUCCAGGCCAGGUUUCAGGAGUUGCUGUUUCAUAGACCUUAUAGCAGGACAUUAGAAGCCGAAGCUGACAAAGUUGGACUUCAGUUUGCAGCUAAGGCUUGCAUAGAUGUAAGGGCAAGUUCUGUAUUCUGGCAGCAAAUGGAACUAGCAGAAACUAUUCAGGGAUAUCCAAGAUUGCCAGAAUGGCUUUCUACACACCCUUCACACGAGAAUCGAGCUGAACAUUUGGACAGACUAAUACCAGAGGCCAUUAAAAUAAGGGAACAUUGCAAUUGCCCUAAGUUGUCUGGUCAGGAUCCACGUCUUAUUUUUAAACUGACUGCGCAGCAACUCCUUCAAGAAUCGGAAGAUGAGAAAGCUGCAAAUGUCACUCUUCGUGGUCAUGACAACACCAAAGUGAAUCUUUCUUUUAUGAAAAAAGAGAAGAUGCCUGCAAAUAUAGCGGGCAAAGAAUUUUCAAAGUGAAGACAUAUAUACUGACUUUAUGCAGAAAAUAGCAAAAUGGACAGAAAGCAAAGAAUUGUGACUGCAGUAUGGAGACCUCAAUAUGUAUGUGCAAUUUGACCAUAGCAUAGACUUGCAGAAGCAUACUUUUUCUUGGAUCAAUUUGCCUUCAUAGGACAAAACCCAAAAACUCUUGUUUAUAUGGUAUGUUUGUUAGCACCUUAUGUCAACAUAACAGAUCCUCAAACAGAGACACCUAAAUCUGCAGUGCCUCUAAUAGCGCAGUGCUACCUUAAUGUACUUCCUUUCCUUCCCCUUCUUUCUGCAGCCCUUGAAGAGGCCCGAAAACUGGCUCUGGAGGAGUUCUCCAACCCUUUGGAACGGUUUUUUGUUAUGUACAGGUGGUGGAAGCAGCAGAACAGGGAGAUUAUCUCUGAUGCACCUAGAUUCUGUUAUUCUGCCUACAGAGGUCUGGUGUGGUAUUCAGUCCAGAUAAAUUAAAAUUUGACUGUCCAAAUUGAUCUAGGAACAGAGAAAUCAGAUCAUGCUAUAAUCAUCAAUUUGUUUUUCCAGAUUGAUAUAUCUUAGCCUCUUCCAGUUAAAUUAUGCAAAUAGCUGAGGGAUGCUGGAAAGUAACACUGCUUAUCAGUCCUUGAAGUUAUUUAAAGUUUAAUCCACUGACUGAUGUUGGAGACAGAUCUGUUGAUUUCUACAGAGAAUGAAAUAGUCUUCCUUGCCACUAUUACCACCUGGGUUUACUGUAAAUUCAGUUAGCUGUGUCCAUCUUAUUUGGAACGUAAUGAGAAGAACUCACUGCCUGUUACAAAAAGCAAUAAAUUGGCUAGUGGGCUGGCUAGGACGCCUCCUAAUUGCUUGACUUGCUGCUGAGAUGCUUUGGUUUUGUACUGUAAAAAGAGAGAUCGAGUCAACACUUUAAAUCAGUUCCAGAGAAUUGUGCAGUUAACCUUACUGUGUACAAACAUCUGUAUGUCAUAAGGUGAAAUUUAACUAGUUGAAAUCUGAUAUUUAAUGCUGAGCCUAAUAAGUUACUAGUCAGCAUCUGAAGUCAAGAAUAUUCUACGUUGAAGGCUGUAAUUCUCUGACCAUUAUAUUUUACCCUUCGUUCAAUUGCCACCACAUUCCUUUGGGCAUGGGGCAAUUGUGAAUUACUAGAGUAAGAUUUUAGCAACAAGGGCAGCAGAGAGGAAAGAAAGUAUGUUCCAAAUGAAAGAGUAAUUUCUCACAA